CCCCUCCCUUCUCUCUGGAUGCUUAGCUCCUCCCUCCUUUCCUCCCUCCCUCCCGUUUUCAUCUCUCCCUCUCUGGCUCCUCUAGAUGAUAGUCAUUGUUUGUCUUCUCUUCGUUGGGGCAGCCUCAUCUCUCCUGAAGGAUGUCGGGCCUUCUGACUGCUAACUCCAGCUCCGUGCUCCUCCUGCUGUCUCUCUCCCUGGCCCUCCUCCUCCUUCCGCCGCUGCCGCUGGACGCUAAGUCACUGUCCGCUGCUCGUGGCGUGGGGGGGCGUGGUCUGGAUGCCACAGGAGGCGGGGUCAGACAUUUCCGCAGAGAUCUCCGUGAUUCACUGCCGUACGAGGCCGGGAUGAUGUCCUAUCCUGGCGAGUCGGCUGACGUCCUGACCCGGCGGGGGGGCAACGAGCUGCUCUAUCAACCAGAGGAGUGGAGGGGGCAGGGCUUAAGCCAUGCUGUGCAGCAAUUGGUGGAGAACGACGAGAGGCAUGAACAGGAAAUGGCGUACCUGGCCGGGUUGCUCCGCCUCCUCAGUGAAGCUGAAGGAGCUGCCGGAGAGGAGGGAGGUGAGGAGGACCAGGGGCCAGGGGACUUCCAAGGGCCCUAUACCCGUGACUACGACGAGACAGAGCAGGGCAUGAGAAUGGGAAAGCCCCAGGCUGCAGCUCCAUGGCAGGGCCUACUGGACCCCCAGCUCACCCAGGCUCUGCUCAACAGAUACAGGCAGGAGAGGUUGCAGCAGCAGCCCGGGUUACCAGGUCUACCAGCCACCAUCAACAGGCUUACAGAUGACAGGCUGGAAACAAGCAGCCAGGACCGAGACCAGGAGGCUCUGAGGUAA